AUGUCAACCAACAAUAAGAAGGGUCUUACAGUUACGAUUGAAAGACGGAACACAGACGACUCGACCUCAUCAGAAGUCAAGACACCUCGCACAGCACGCUUCGCUGAAGCAACAUCAGUGUACUCGCCCAUCGACGCACCCAAGUCACCAUUCGCGUCGUACCCUACCAACCACUACAAGCCGCAACCUCAAGUAUCAGACGUAGGUUUUGGCUACGUUCAGUCAGUCGAGAUGGAGGAAACAGACAGAAAAUACCUUCCUCCACCAACACCAAAGGGCCCUCUCAAGAGUGCUUUGAAGUCGCCUGGUGCGCCACCACGGACGCCCGGCAGGCCAAGCAUGAUCUUGAGCCCUACUUUCAGGGAAGAGCGUGACCUUGAGAAGCAAGAAGCUUCACUGGAGAAGGAGCAGGCGAAGGAUGUUGUCCGAGUAAGGAUUGCGAAGAUCUUCCUGCGCGGUAUCAACUUUGCUUGCAGUCUCAUCGUCCUUUCCAUGAUCGCAACUGCACUUGCUGUCUUCCACGCAACAAAGUCACUUCCAAAACGAAACAACCUUCCGCCAUGGGCGGACAACACCAAGACCUGGCCGCAGAUCCUCCUUCUUACCAUCGCCGUUAUCUCGCUUGUCAUGUCCAUCACCGUUAUGAUCGCGUAUUGCAGAGGAGGUCAUAAUCGAGCCGAAAAAGUAGCAGCCUACUACACCAUCUUCGCUGUCGGUUUCUUCAUCUUCAGCAUCAUCAUGUGGGCUGUAGGUGCGGCUGUCUUCAACCAAAGCAAAGCGCAAAACAACAACAAAGACAUGUGGGGUUGGUCUUGCGUGGACAACAAGAGGCGGCAUCUGUUUGAAGAUGACAUUGCUUACGGUCUUGUCUGCCGUCUCCAGAACUGGGCACUCGUUUGCUGCAUCAUCGAGGUCGUCAUUGAGGUUCUUUGCAUCAUCAUCUACGGAAUCGUCUUCUACCGUUUCUGGUCCAAGAGGAAGCUCAGGAAGUCCAUGGCUGUUCGCGACAAGGCCAGGUCUGAUCUUUACCUUGCUCAGCUCCGCUCGCAGUCAGCACCCAACACUCCAGGGUUCGGUCCUCUUUCGCCCCGCUCAGGCGGCUGGCGCCCACCUCCGGGCCAUCCGGAUUACGUGGACCCUAACGGCAUGGCUCACGACAGCGAGAAUGGCAAAGUCCAGUACGCCCAGGUUCGUGAGAUUGUCCAGCCACAGCCGUUCACCCUGCAAGCGCCGCCGAUCAAGGUCACUGGCGCAACACCUAAGAUCAGCCAGGAUGGCUUCGAUGCGCCCGCACGAACACAGACUGUCUCACCACCAAUGCCUCCUCUAUCCCCAGGAUUCGAGAGACAUAACGACCACGUGGCCGCCGCACCGGGCGAGCAGCAAUACGCCGCUGUUCCCAUCCCAGGAGCUUACACACCGUUGGCAUCGCCAUCAUACCCACCACCACAGCAACAGCAAGGAUUCGACUUCGGUCCCAAUGUUGCUCGAUAA